AUGAGCGGAGGAUAUAAGCGUGCAAGUCGGAAGGACAACCCCAAGGAAGUAUUCAGGUGUGACAUUGGCGAUUGCGGCCAGAAGUUCGUCCGCCUGGACUUGCUAGCCCGUCACAAGAAACGGCAUACCUCUUCAUAUACGCCCCGGAACAGAGUCCCCAGCUUUGAAAUCGUGAGAGACUACACGGCGCCGUCGAAUGCAGAAAAGGAGAACUGUAGUCGUACUGGUCCCAGCCGUCACUCUUUUGGUCACCACCCCGUUACAAGUGGUCCGCACGAUGCAGCUAUCCUGUUGACACCGGAAUCCAACACCGAUCCCACGCCUACUUCACUGCCGCAUCCCCGUGUGGCAAGUACAAAAAUUCAAUCACAGCCGUCAUGGAGGUCGCGCAUUCACGAGAGAGCGGCUCGUGCAUCCCUUGUUCCACAUGGACAGCAUUUCUUCGGCUCAGAGGCCCCCAGUCUUGGUGAACCAGCCGCCAUAGUGGCAUUUCAGAACGUUGGAUAUGGAAAUGACGACCAGUUGGCGCAGAGCAACUUUGCGGCGUGGCUCUUUGACCCGCAAACAUCAUGUAAUGACAUUAAUGUUGCGAAUCUGCCGUUUCUCGAAGGUGGACUGGAGUCAACAUUCAACAGCAAUAUUCAUUAUGACUACGAAUCACUCGCCAGUCUAUCCCCGAUGGAUUAUGCAAGUCGUCAUAGCGACAUACCUGAUGACUGGAUAACAGAGUCACGUCGACGAGAUUUGCUCUUCUGGUUCCACAUUUUUCGAAAAAAACAACCUAGGUACGAAGGCUCAAUGCCAAACCUGGUCCAAGAAAGUGGCGGCGAUUUGCCGGCUCUCAACCUCGACAUGAUGCGGGACUGCUUAAAAGAGUUUUGGGACGCCGUCUCCCCCAGGCUUCCAAUUGUUCACCAACAUACCUUUUCCCCUAAUCGAUGUCCAAUCUUUCUGCUGCUCGUCAUGAUUUCUCUCGGCGCUGCUUCCCUAAGAAGCCGUGACACAACAGGUCAAUUGAGAGAGUACGGCGCUUUUGCUGAUGUCAUCAUCUGCAGCGUGCGAUGGGAAAUAUUGACUUCAGAAGACUCCUCCCCCCCUGUUAGGCUAUGGGCUGCCCAAGCAUUACUACUUGUUGAGUUGUACGAAAAGCUCUACAGUACAAGACGAUUACACGAACGAGCACACAUAUACCACCCCGCGUUUCUAACAUUACUACGGAGAGGAAGCCCCCUGAUAGGCAGAACAGGUAGUGAAUCUCCAGAAGAACCUGAAGAUGCCCGGCCGGAUCGACCUACACCGACGUCGGGAAUAGUCCUCGACUCCAAAACAUGGUGGAUUCGAUGGGCAAAAACGGAGUCAAUGCAUCGCGUCGUCUUUGCUGCCUUCAUGCUGGACACCAUUCACGCCGCCAUGUUUGGCCAUGCGGCUGACAUGGCAGCCCACGAAAUCCGCCUGCCGCUUCCCUGCGACGACAACCUCUGGACAGCCAGUAGUCCAGAUGUCGUUCGUCAACUUGACGCCAAUUUCCGCAUGUAUGGUGUCAAGCAGGUCUCCUUCCUCGACGGCCUUAAAGCCGCACUUCAUGGGAAAGAAGUCAAGACGCAUUCCUUUGGCCGCAUGAUUGUCAUUUGUGGCCUCCUCAGCUUAGGGUGGCACCUAUCACACCACGAAACACACCUAAAAUGGCUUGAAAUUCGCGGACAGUCUCCCGAAACACACGAUAAUCGGCGCAAGCUGCUUCUCAAUGCCCUUUGCAGCUGGAAAGAAUUCUUCGAUGUUGCCAUGUCCGACUCCGUUACUGACACACCGGAUCACUGGCCAGUACCAAAUGGUCCCAUCAACAGCGCGUCUUUACUUUUCCAUCUUGCACAUAUCAGUCUGCAUGCGGACAUUAUCGACUGCCAAGUAUAUGCAGGUGCUCGGCGACUUCUCGGUCGCAAGGUCUCAACGACAGACUACACCAAUGCCGCCAAGCGUAUGAGUUCAUGGGCGAAGCAAUCAUCUACUCGGCGUGCUAUUUUGCAUGCAUUCAAACUGCUCUACCAUGCCCUCGUAGAUCCCCAUCCUCGAAGAAGGUACACUCCCUAUCCGGACUGCCCGGCUGUCCAAUAUUCUAUUCGGAACGAGAUGGAUCCCCACCGGCCCUGGAUAAUGUAUUACUCGGUCUUGGCAAUUUGGGCAUUCGUCCAGGCGGUCGGCAGACCUCCAGUAUCUGUCUGGGGUGGCAGCCCUACAGGAACUGAACGAGACAACCGUGGCAAGCCUACACGAAGGACUUCCUGA